AUGGCUACUACAGUUUUUUCGAAUUAUGAAAAUAUAAAAGAAAAGGGUGAUCUUGAUUUUUCAAAUUAUAUUCUUAAACUUCAAGAAUAUUGUAACAAUAUUGUUACACAAAUGUCAAAAGAUACAAUUCUUAAUUGUAUAAAUGAAUCAGAUACACGUACUAAUAAUAUAUUUCUUUGGCACAUACUUUCAACUUAUUUUAAAAAGUUUCAUGACAAUCGUUCUAUUAAAUCAUUAAUUGAUUUUUCUAUAAUUAUGAAACUUGUUUUUGAUACUGAUGCCAGUGAAGCAAGGCGAAUAUUUGAUGUUAUUGAUAAUGUUGGAAGAAGCUUUAUAGCUCGUUUAAGUAUUAUUAGUUUACUACAAAAAGGAAAUACUAAAGUUAUUACAAGUUUUCAUUCUUCUCUUAUGAGUAUUUAUGAUAAAGAUGAGGAUGUUACGGGUGCAUUAAAAUAUAUUAUUUUGGAUGAUUACCAAUUACUAAAUGAAAGAUUUAUGACAAAAGUAAAAAAGAUACCUCCAGUUAUUAAUCCUUGUUCAUUAGUGAGUUAUUUCUACUACUCUGGAAAUGUAUUAAUGAAAGUGAGAAAAUAUGUUGAUGCUUUUGUCUGUUAUGAAUCUGUAAUUCAUAUUACUAAUAAAAUAUCUACACCAAAUUCUGAAAUAUUUAAUGCUGCAAUUAUAAAAUAUAUUUUAUCUGGUAUUUUGGCUUUUCAAAGAUCACCAUUGAUGAAUUUUAUUUUAACAAAUGAAACAAUACGGAAUUUUAGCUUUUACUAUAAAGAUUAUGUUUCAAUUCAUAAAUAUUUUAAGAAUGGUUUAGUUAUUGACAAUAUUACUUUUUCAAAUUUCUCAACAAUUAUUGAUACAUUGGUUAAAAAGACGGAUGAUGAAACUAGAGAAAAUUGUGAAUAUCUAUUAUUAAUCAAAGAUAAUAUUAUAAGGCAAUCUGUUAUCAAAUUUGCCAAAGUUUACAAUAGAAUGACAAUUGAUGAAUUAAAAAAGAAAUCUUUUGUACCUGGUACAAUUAAUAUGAGAGAAUACAUUAAUGAUUUGGCUAAUGAAAAACUAAUUAAUGUAUCUGUAACUGACGGUAAAGUUAUAACAUUUAUUGAUGAUGAAGAAAUAGAUACAUCAUCAGUCUACAAAUUAUGCGGUGAAAUUGAAGUUGCACAAAGACGGCUGGAUAAAUUAAAGGAUCUUUUACUUAGUAAUUUUUCAAACGAAAAAAGUUUUGUUGAUGAAAAAUUUGACACUAGUUCGUUAGAAGUUAUUGCAUGCAUAGAAGAUUAA